AUGACAGUGGAGAAGGCCAAGUCAUGUUCUGAGUUAUGGUUGGUUUCCCAGAAGGAGUUGUUGGAGUGGCUGAAGCUAAACUGGGGUGCGGGGAAAGGUUCGGGUCCAGAGAUGGGGCGAGAUCAGCAGGCAGAGGAGCUUGAAGUGGCGGAGGAACAUGAAGUGGCGGAGGAACAUGGAGUCGCGGGAAAGCCUGUAGUGGAGGACGAAGGACGCGCGGUGGGGGAGCCUGGAGUGGCGGAGGAGCAUGGAGUAGCGGAGGAGCCCGGCGUGGCGGGGGAGCCUAAAGUGGCGGUAGAGGGUGGAGUGGUGCGGGAUCCAGGAGUGGCAGGGGAGCCUGGAGUGGUGGGGGAGCCUGUAGUGGCGGGGGAGCAUGGUGUGGCAGGGGAGCCUGUAGUGGCGGGCGAGGGUGGAGUGGUGGGGGAUCCAGAAGUGGCGCGGAGCCUGGAGUGGUGGGGGAGCCUGGAUCGUCGGAGCAUGUUGUUGUGA